AUGUAUUUCUUCAAGACGUUUCUGCGGCCUCCUCUGAAGUGUAUGGAGAGCCAGGCAACUGAACCUCGUCUCACAGACUGUGAUGAAGACCUGGUGGGCCACGUGGGUUCCGGGAAGCUUGUUCACAAGGAACCCGCGACAACGCUGAGCAUGAAGCAGCCAUUGUUUGGUGUCGUUCGAGGCUCAUCGUCCAACUCUUCCAGCUCUGAGCCAGAAAUCGAAGUCGAGCCUGGCGCAGAGAUGGGCAUCGAUGAGUGCAUUGAGAUCGUUGGCCAGGCCCAGUCCUGGGCGGAUGCACGCUUUGAGCACAUCCGCUUAUUGCAGAACGCUGCCCGAAACCAGGGCAGGGUCGAGCUACAGAAAGAUCUCUCGAACGGAAAGUUUGUGGCAGUGAAGCGAAUGCCGAUCACAUGGACUGGCCUGAACCAUGAGGACUUUGUCCGCCAACAUCCGUCCGAGACAGAGUUGCCGUGGGUCGACAUCGGCUUGGCCAAGUACUUGCAGGCAAAGGGCUUCCGCUUCAUAUGCGAGCCGUAUGGCACCUUCCGCAGCGAAAGUGAGACGUUUUUUGUCUCCGAGUUCGCGGAUAAAGGUGACCUGUUUGAGUGGUGCCAAUCUGGCCCAACCCCUGGCCCAGAGCGCGAGCAGAUGCUCCGACCUGUUGCGCGGCAGAUAGUUAGCGCCGUCCGGCAUCUACACAGCCUCUCUAUAGCACAUCUCGAUCUGUCGCUGGAGAACAUCCUCCUCGCAACGAGCUCAACAGACGGAAGCCCUCAAGUGAAGCUGAUCGACUUCGGGAUGGCCACCAUCAAGCAAGACUUCCUUGUCGGCCCCCGCGGGAAGCCCUCCUACCAGGCCCCAGAGAUGCACGAGCAAGCGAGCUACGAUCCUUGUUUGGCUGAUGCCUUCUCUGUGGGUGUGGUUCUCUUCGGGAUGGUGGCGCAAGACUACCCGUGGUUGUCAACCAAGCCCAAUGGCUGUAAAUGCUUCGAGUUCACGCGGCAGAAAGGACUUGAGGCGUACUUGAUCAAGAGGAAAGCCAGGAACAGCAACGGGGCUCGGCUUAGCCAAGUCUUCAGCGAAUCCCUUAUGGAAUUGCUGGAGGCCUUGCUGAAGGUCGACCCUGCAGAAAGGUCAAGGAUUGAUGCGAAUCUCAAACCGUGGCUGGGUGAAGAUGUGUGGUAG